GAAGGAUUAAAGUUAUCGAUUUUCGAGAAUAUUCGAGGGAAGAUUGGUUGUCGUUGUAGCUCGGAUAUAAAUCGCUCAUUGCCGGGUUGUCCUGUCAAUUCAAUCAGACAGUCAGUGUCAGUGAGUUUCAAACUGAAAAAUAUAUUUGGAGGGCGAAUAAUAAAGUAAUUUUGUUAUUUACAUAGUAUUAGUGAAGUGAAAUAUGUCUCUGCUUCCAUAUUUGUUUGGCGAUAGCUACUACACACGACCAUCAAGACUAUUUGAUCAACAUUUUGGACUAGUUUUGGAGCCAGAAGAUUUGGUACAACCUGUCUCCAGACAGUUCCUCAGAUGCCCUGCCGGAUAUCUCAGAAAUUGGCAGUCUGCAUCGUCUGGAAAUGAUUCCGGCUCUACAGUAAAUUAUGGAAAAGACCAAUUCUCGGCCAACCUAGAUGUCCAACAAUUUAAACCUGAAGAAAUAUCUGUGAAAGUAACAGGAGAUCGGGAGGUUACCAUUGAAGGAAAACACGAAGAAAAAGAGGACGAACAUGGGCAUAUUUACAGACACUUCAUCAGAAGAUACGUUUUGCCUAAAAAUUACGAUAUGGGUAAAAUCGAGUCGAAGCUGUCCUCAGACGGUGUUCUCUCCAUCACCGCCCCGAAAGUAGCUGUUGGGGAAAUAAAACACAAAAGUAUUGCCAUCGAACAAACAGGUCAACCUGCAAAAUCAGUAGAAGGAGGAAAAGGAGCUGGUGAUAAGUGAAAUUAAAAUGUUCACUAGAUCUUCAAAUCAUCAUUUCUUAUUUGUUUAGUUCAUGGUUUUGUGUACAUUGUAUAGAUACUAUUAGUAUAAAUUCAUCUCUUUAUAUUUACAAAUCAUCUUAGUUUGUAUUAUUGUAAGACUGAUUUCAUCUAAUGUUUAAUUUUUUGGUAUUUUCAGUAUAAAAUAAUAUC